AUGAUAACAAGCUUCUUCGACCAAUUCGCAAGCCCAUCAUACCUGGGAAUCCCCCUAAUCGCAAUCGCAAUUGCACUACCAUGAGUUCUUUAUCCAACCCCAUCAUCCCGAUGAAUCAAUAACCGACUUAUUACAAUCCAAGGAUGGUUCAUUAACCGAUUUACAAACCAACUGCUACUCCCCCUAAAUGUAGGAGGCCACAAAUGAGCACUUUUACUAGCCUCACUAAUAAUUUUCCUAAUUACUAUUAAUAUAUUAGGCCUACUUCCAUACACCUUCACACCUACAACACAACUAUCACUCAACAUAGGAUUUGCCGUACCACUGUGACUCGCCACAGUAAUUAUUGGAAUACGUAACCAACCUACAGUUGCCCUGGGACCCCUUCUCCCAGAAGGAACACCCAUUCCUCUAAUCCCAGUACUUAUUAUUAUCGAAACAAUCAGCCCACUUAUCCGACCACUAGCCCUAGGAGUCCGACUUACAGCAAACUUGACCGCAGGUCACCUACUAAUCCAACUAAUCGCUUCAGCCGUAAUUGUCCUCUUACCAAUAAUGCCUACAGUAGCAAUCCUAACUGCUACAGUACUCUUCCUGUUUACACUACUAGAAGUCGCAGUAGCAAUAAUUCAAGCCUAUGUAUUUGUACUUCUCCUAAGCCUUUACUUGCAAGAAAACGUCUAA